CGAGUAGUCGCGGCACUGUCUCGUCUCGAAUUUCCUAGCAGCUGCACACCGUUUGCUUCUAGCUUCAGUGCUGCAGCUGCACUACAACAGUACAAGACGCGUACAACUGCAGUCGUUCGUGCCAAUGAUUAGGGUAGUCACCGCAUGUCCUAGUGUCCUACCACGGUUGUGGCUGUCCGUACGCCGAGCACACAAAUAAUUAAUAACGAUAUUUAGAACUUUAGAUCGUUCACACAAAUAUUUGUGCGCCAUGACGUCGUCAUCCGAUCAACAGCUGCACGACGUCCCACUGGUUCAGAAAUUCAACGCGAAGGCAUUAGAAUUUAAUACUUCAUUGGAGCUAAAGUGGAAAAAUUUCAAAAAAGAAUAUGAAGAGUUAUAUACAUGCUUGGAGGAAUUUCCUAAACAGUUAUCUGUUCCAAUAUUGAUGCCACUUGGACCAAAAGUGUUUGUACGUGCACAAUUAUGUAAUACUAAUGAAGUGUUCAUUAGAUACAAUGAAGUUUUCACUAAACAGAGUGCUUAUGAAGCUAAAGCUGCGUGCGAAAGACAAAUUAAAAGGUGUGACAAUAUGAUUGAAGAUUUGAGAAAAGAAAAAGAAUUGUUCACCAAAAAUAUGUGUGUUAGACAAGAAGUUGUUGAUGUUUCAGAAAAAUUAGUAGAAAUUAAUGAACCAUAUGAUGAAGUAGAAGAGGCAGCCUGGAAUGAGAUACAUAGGCAGAAGGUAAAAGAAUAUAAGAAACGUUUAGCAGAAGAAAAACACAAACAGGAAUUAGAGCAACGUCAAAAAAUAUUAAAUGAAUUUAAAUCGGUAGGGUUUGAUGAUAAACUUAGUGGAUUGAAUAGACCAACACUGUUUACUGCAUCUACAGUACACUAUACAAUUAUGAACGGGGAAGACAUUGAUAGCAGUCUUUCAAAUGAGAAUUUUAUUGAUAUGGAUGAUGAUGAUGAUGAUGAUGACGAUUAUGAUGAAGAGGAGGAGGAGGAUGAUGAUGAUGAUGAUGAUGAUGAUGAUGAUGAUGAUGAUGAUGACGACGACGAAGAUGAAGAUAGUAAAUUAGAAAUUGUUUUCACCAAUGAUAUACCUGAAACCACUGGAGCUAUAAAAAAAAAUAAUAAAAAGCAAGUAUCAUUUAAUAAUGAUGUUCAAAUAAAAGAAUUUGUACCAAGACCAGGAGAACAUUUCAUUCGUCGAAGAGAAGAAACAGCAACAGGAUCAUCUAUAAGACCUGAAAUACUUGUUACGGAAAUUGAUGACAUUGUGGAAAGAGUUUCUGAUUUAUGUCCGCAAAAUGAAACUGAUGAUAAAGAAGAAAAUGAAAGACCCAUAAGUAGGUUUAAAUCUAACCGGAAAUAGAUAGGAUCAAUAACAUUAUAGCAGAUGUGUAUAUAUAUAUAUUUUUUUAUUUGGUUAAUUUAAGCAGCUAAUAAAGCUAUUGUAUACAUCAUAAUAUAUUUGUAUAUAAACAAUAUUAUUAGAAGUAUAUAAAUUAAUUAAAAACCAAUUUUGUAUAAUAAAUUAUAAUCAUUAAAAUCUGUGAUGUUUCUUUUUUAAAAAUAUAUGAAAUAAACUCAUAAAUAUUAUUAUUUUCAGAGUUCUUAUUUAAAUAUUUAGUGUUGAUAGUGUAAUAAAUAUACAGUGGAACCUCAAUAAAUUUAAAUAAAUGCUGUUUCCUUACCUAAUCCUUAGUAAGUCAAAAACAUCGACAAGUCAAAAAAAUUGAAUUUCCCUUGAAUUUUGACUUAUCAAGAUUCCACUGUAUAUAAAAAAUGCAGAGCCGGAAUUUUAUCGGUUCAAGCAAACUUUUCCACAAAAUAUAAGUUAUUAUGAUUAAUUAUGUGAAAAUAAAAUAAUGUGCAAAAUUAACAAGGCAUGAAAAGGAAUGGUAAACACUAAACAUAGUAAAAUUUAACUUAAAACUAAUCAUAGUUUUAACAUUAAGAGUACUACUAUACAAUCAAGUGUACUAUUAUGAAACAUGACAUGCUUUAAGUCAAGAAUGUAACUAUUUAACUUAAAUAUAAUUCACAAUCAAAUGAAAGUUAUAUUUUUUACAAACUGGAUUAUUUAUUUAACUAUUAUUAAUACCCAUUCAACAUACAGUUUCCUUCA